UAAAAUUGGACAGGUGUUGCAACUGUUAUUUCGGAAUAUAUAUGUGUGAAUGUGAUAUUAAACUCACGUUUAAUUUCCGUUUCAUGUAGUGCAUCGUUUUCCAAAAUGGAUACAUAAUUGGAAUAUACUUCUAAGUUACAUUUGAUUACACAGAUGUUCAAAUAAUGUUUGAUACUACGUUCUUUCAAUCUCUAAUUUAUUUACACGGAAACGUAAAGCAUUCGUUUCAACGACUUGUUUUGUGUCUUUGUUAUAAACUAGGUCAAAGCAAUUUAUUGUGUAGACAUAUUAGUUGUGUUGUUCAUCUUUAUGAACAAGGAAAGUGAUUUUAUGCAGAACGCGAUUACAUCCAAGGUAUGUCUGAUAACAGUUUAAGGUCGUCAAUAUUUAUUUAUAAAUAAGUAGAGAUGUCUACAAACACUAAGGCCACGGAAUUUUUUAGGCGCGGCAUAAACAAAAACAUACAACCUGGGAAAAGGAGCAUCACAGAGAAGUUAAUGAAGACAAACCAUUUAAGGAACCAGCGGAAACAUUCACUGGGCAAUGUUAUGAAAGAUUGCGAUUCUAUUGUUAUCCGUGUACAAUUGUCGGUAAAACCGCACGAUGCUAUGUACAUUACAGGUGUUAUAAAGACUCUCUGUGCAUUGUUCCCAGAGUGUCCAAUGUUCUUUCAAAACAAUCAAACAAUGGUAGUGUUUGUGUUACCAGAAGUUCCUACAGUAUUUAAAACAAUGAAAUAUCGAGGAAGCUUCAAAGAGCAAUUGCAUUAUGAUGACAUACCAAAAUCAGAGUUUAUUGUAUGGGGAUGUAAGAAAGACACCUUUUUGAUAACUAUAAAAUCAAGUACUAACGAAUUCUUUUUCACCAAUCUGUUACAACACAGUUUGCUUUACAGCAACAGAAAUGUGCCGUACGAGGAACUUAUCAAACUGUUUGUUAGGAGAACACUGAAUGCUCCAGUCAUAUCUUUGCAAACAUACACCGUUUAUCCACUUGAUAAAUAUCAAUACGCAUUAUCAAGUUCCCUCAAUUUAAACUAUGGAUUAUUAUCUACACAAAACGCGGAACUGGCUCCAUCUGGCGCAAAGUUUACUAAUAAAAAAUAUUCGACUAUCAGUGCCCAUGCACAAUCUGUUGACAAUGUUCAUGCCUCAGCAAAUGCAUUUUCAUCUUUUCAAAAUGCAACAAAGCUUACACAUUCACAUCCAGUGACAACAAAUGUAGAGGAAACCGCGCAAAGCCGCCGUAGUGCUAAAGAUUUUAUGAUACACGGAGUAAUUUUAUCUCAAAACUCCGUAACGAAUAACAUUUAUAGGUUGGCUUCAGCUGUUCCUGUUAAUGAGGCAUCUGAUUCAUUGACGUCUAUAUCAGCAGAACAGACACCAUUUAAACGGCGCAAAACUUUACCGCGAUAUCCUCGCUAUGUUACAGAAUCAUCCAGACAUCAGUCAUAUUUCAACUGGCCUCAUGCAUUCCCAACUGAAAAAGAGUGUGAUAUCGCUGGAUUCUUUUAUACAGGUGAAUUCGAUCUUAUACGAUUUUUCCAAUGCGGCAUUGGGCUGAAGGAUUUCAGUCCUGAAGACGAUCCAAUGGCAGAGCACAUACGAAAUGCUGAAUCAUGUCUGUACUUAGAUGCUAUGUUUGGUCCCGAUGGAUUGAUCAAAAAGAGAAAAGAGCUAGAUCGAUCCAACCCAGAGAACAAUCGUCAAAGACAAUAUGCAGAAUUCCAAAGGAACAUUGGAGCAACAUCAAGCAGUCAUACUUCAAGUCCCCAAUAUUCAACAUUCGAGUCUCGCCUAUUAAGUUACGAAAGUAAUAACUUUCGAAGCAUAACAUGUCCAGAGGAGUUAGCUACAGCAGGAUUGUUCUACACAGGUGUGGGAGACGAAGUUCGAUGUUUUUCGUGUAACGGAGGUUUAAGGAACUGGGAAGAACAUGAUGACCCGUGGAUAGAGCAUUGCAAGUGGUUUCCCGCAUGUACAUUUGCAAGGGAAACAAAAGGGGAUGCAUUCAUUGAACAAAUACAACACAGUGCAAACGCGCCGACAACUAUGUUGAAUGACUCAACAAACCCUUAGGCAGAUGUUCAUCACCAUAAUGACCUUGACCUUGAUAUGGAUCUUUGGACAAUGAAGGCCGUAUGCAUGAAUGAAAUGGGGUUCACUGCGGAGAUCUUUGAUGAAGCAUUUUAUCACUUAAAUUUUGAUGGUUACCACCAUCCAAAUAUUGAAGACAUCAUAAAUCGUAUUGACCAGAUACAAAAGGAAACACCCGUUCAAUAUUCAUCAGCUAAGAUAUCAGAAACGUUUUACGAAGAAAACCAACGUUUGAAGAGAAUUGUAAAAUGCUCAAAAUGCAAAAUCAACGAUUCGAACGCGCUGUUCCUGCCCUGCGCCAAUCACUCAUGUGUGUCGCCUCUGCACAUGACACGAAGAGGU